AUGAGUCCAGAAGAGCCCAAAGAUGUCGACCAACCCUGUGAUGCAGAAGAAGACUGGACGAACAAGAUGACAUGGAGAAGUAAAGUAAGUAAAGUUUGAUGAAUGUGUCUUAUAUCAUUCAAUUGUUGUCUUGGUGUGCUGCUCUAUUGAUCUACUAAAGAUGAAUAUUUAGUUAGUUUGCUAUUGUGUAGGUUUACAUUAGGCUACAUAAUUAACACUUGCAGUAAUUUAUUUGCUAAAUGAUAUUGUUGGUCUCUUUUUAUUUACCAUUUGCAGCAUCAUGCCUAGAAAGGAGAGGAGAGGAAGAGAAAAAGAAAGGGAGCUACAGCAGGCAGCCCACGGGAGCAGCUCUCAACUCUCCUAGGAAGAUGAAGAUGAAGAUAAAAGGUCAGAGUCAAGAGUCAUGUUCACUGUUUCGGUCAUUUUAAAGCUCAGAUUUUGAAGUUGAACUGUUCCUCUAAUUUUACUGAAAUAUCUUAAAAGCUGUCUACACAAAAUGGUUUGGCUGUACUAAAUUAGGCAUGAAGCUAUUUUAGAUCAUUAUGUUAUUUUGUACCAAAAAGUUUUUUCUAUGUUACAAGGCUUGCAGUAAUCUUGUAUUUACCUUUAUAGGCUAUACUCAACCUUAGAAAAAUAGGCUAUCACUGAAACUAUUAUUAUUCUAUUCUAGACAGCUGCAGCAGGGAAGCAGUCGACCAACGACCAGCAAAUGAAUCUCCAGAGUCAUCUACGCAAAAAGUCAAGUCCGUAGCAGCAUCAAGUCCAUACACAGUUAAAGAAUCAGAAGUGCUGUCUAAUGACCAAAAUGAGGGAGAACAAGAACGAGAACAAGGCAUGAUGUAG